AUGUAUCCAUGUGUCCAAUUUUCUGCCAGAGCAUAUACUGUCGACACCAGCAGUGCGGAGGGACAAUAUUUUGACUUGGGUCUGAUCCUGGAUGUACCUUCCAGUAGGAUGGCAGUUCCUCUGUGCCUGGUGAGGCCACUGCUUGCCAUACUCCUGCUCAUCUCUUUGCCUGUGCUGAACUGUGUCUACAUCACAGAUGAAGGUAAGAUUACAAACUGCUACUACUGUCCAUGGUUUAGGGCAGAGCUUUCCAAACUUUUCAUGUUGGUAACAUACUUUUUAGACAUUCUUCAUUUCACAACACAGUCAUUCAGUUUUACUAGCAAACCAGAGAUUAAACUAGCCCCUUUCCUGCCCUGGGAGGAGCUUGGGGUACAUUAGCAGAACACACCUACACGCUGCAGCCGACACACUAAUGUGUCGCGACACAAUUUGGAAAGCUCUGGUUUAGGGGAAAAGGUGAAGAUGAAGCAUGGCUUUUGUUACUUUUUUUGUGGCCCUAGAAACCUCAUUAGGAAAGCCAGGCAGGUGAACAUUCUUGUGGACGAAAGGCAUCUGGGCAGGGGGGAUGGGAUGGGGCUUUCAACAACCAGCUUUCCUGGAUUAGGGUUUCCAAUUUCUGAUCAAAAAUGCCCUCUAGGCUUUUGAUCACUGUGGCAUGCAGAUGUCAUCAGGCAAGGCUUCUCACAAUGCAGUGAUGAAAGAAGACACUCUUUUCAAACUAUUCUCUACCAUGCCCUUAUUAAAACAUAACUCUGGACUGUACCAUGUGGGAUCAGGAAACUUUGGAAUAAAUGAAGCUCUUCCAUACUUGUGGAUCAAGGUCCACCUUGGCUGCUGCAGAAGGAGGGUUAGGAGAAAACCCUUUCAUGUCCUAUGCCAGGACGAGGCCCAGCAAGAAAACUAUAGAUCCCAGAACUAUAAGUGCUGAAAAUUGUAGCUCUGUUGAGAUAAACUACAGUUCCCGGGAUUCUUUGGGGAAAGUCCUGUGCUUAACAUGUAUGGUAUAUUCACAGCCUCAGAGAUCUACCUGCACACCUCCACCAAAGCGUUUCCUCUGUACAUUAUUCAGGGCCACCAGUCAACAGAAGAGCAAGGAACAUUGGUAUGUGGAAAGAUGGAAUAGGUUACGAAGGCUCAAAGUGAAUGUGGGUACCGAAAGUGCCAAAUUGUUUCCUGUCCAGAUCAAUGCAGUUCUUUACUAGGAUCAGCUAUUAAGUGCAGUCUUUCCAGAUGAUGAGAAUUUUCCUCACCACAGCUCUCAAUUAGGGAGAAACAAGAUCUGACUAGAAUUCAGGUUUGUUUUUCCAACACCCGUUAUUCUUCAAUGUCCUUUGUAUAGAGUGGUUGUGUUUCCUCCCUUCUUCUGUGGGGGCACCGGAGUGGGGGGACAGGGACAUAAAAAAGACACUGACCAAGAGUGCUGUCUAUGUUCAAAACUUGAAUAGCUCAUAAGCAGAUACACAUAACCGCUUGAUCUGUGAGCUUUUCAGCUUUUGCUGAUGGAUAUGAUACUGUUAGAAAUACUACAAGGACAGAAACCAAAAUCUAAAGAAAUUCUUCUUUGACUUAGCAUGAAUCAUAAACCUCAAAUUGUUUAAGGGUAAGAUGUAAAAUUAUUGACUAAAUAUAUACAGCGGUACCUUGGGUUACAUACGCUUCAGGUUACAUACGCUUCAGGUUAAAGACUCCGCUAACCCAGAAAUAUUACCUCGGGUUAAGAACCUUGCUUCAGGAUGAGAACAGAAAUCGUGCUCCGGCGGCACGGCAGCAGCAGGAGGCCCUAUUAGCUAAAGUGGUGCUUCAGGUUAAGAACAGUUUCAGGUUAAGAACGGACCUCUGGAACGAAUUAAGUACUUAACCCGAGGUACCACUGUAUAGUAUUCAGAUUUCACAGAUAUCCUAUGUCCUGCAGUGUUACUUCCCGAACCCUUAAUUCUGAUGGUAUAAUUCAUUUUACCUUCUUGCAUUGUUUGUUCCUACAGAAUUAUUGAUCCCCUUGAUUUCUUUGUUUCCCUCUCAAAUCUUUUAAAAUUAGGGCUCCCUCCAGAUGUCCUUUUUAUUGUGUAUUUGUCAUUACCCAUGAUUCUGCCUGCAAAAGUGUCAUGGUGAACCUAUACUGCUUUGUUUCCAGUCAAUGCAUGUCCCAUAGUCUCCUGCUUUCCUUUCUCACUGGGAUUCUAGAUACAAUAUUUACCCUUAUAAGACACUCCUGAAACACUGUGGGAGGGAAAAGCAGCUAGUGAAUUAUUUUCGUGGGGAUGGGUUAAUGAACCCUGUUACUUCUCCACUCAAAAUCUUAGCGUCUUGAGACUACUUUUUUUAAAGUCAUUGUUUUCAUUGCAUUUGCGUAUAAUGUGUAGUUUGCUCCCUUAUCUUGCUUCCUCCCACUGUCACUGGGAGUUCUAUCUCCCUGGGACAGGAAGCUGCUCCCCCCCGCCCCAAGUUUGCCACAAAACCACAUGGCUAUUUUGGGAUGUUUGUGAACACUUCCUGGCAGCAAAUACUUUGGGGUGGUGGUAAUCAUUAGCUCCCCCUUUCCCUAAUCCUUUCCCAACCCACUCAAACAACUGUGUUGCCAAUAUGGAUGUUCACAUAAAAAAACAGAAACAGAAUGACAACAUUUAGGGUCAGUACCGUUUGCAUUUGUGGGUUAUGAAAAUCAGUACUGUUAGAUGGAUGCGUGGUGUACAAAAAUGAAAAUACAUUAUAGAAGGGAUGAGGAACCUAUGGCCCUCCAGAGGUUGCUGGACUACAACUCUCAUCAGCCCUAAACAUUGGCCAUGCUGGCUGAACUAAUGGGAGGUGGAGUACAACAGGUCCUCAUUCUUGCAUUAUAGAGAAAAUGAAUACUGUUGGGGGGAGAAUUUUAAUGAGCCACUAAGCUUCACGGCAGAAGGGGGUCAUAACAGGGCCAGUGACUGCAGGCUGCACCACCCACCCACCCCAAGAUGCAGGGAGGGGUCUUUGCAUGUUACCUGGUAGGUACUUAUUCAGAGAACUGCACCCAAACAUUCAGGUUGGUGCCAAAGAAUGAGAGCGUGGAGGUGCACUUUGAAUAACCACAGCCAGCCCCCCACCUUUAUUGAGCAACUUCUUGCACCUCACCCCACACCCACUUAAUUCAAAAUUAACCAACAUUAUUUGAUCCCUUCAUGUGGCUAACUUUUAUCUAGAUCAUCAGCCGUUCUCCUCAACAGAAACUAGUUUGUCAGCUUCUAAGACUGUAUGAACCCCCCACCCCUCACCCCAUUUGCUCUGCAGUCAUCAUUAUACUCCCACUGCUUGUUUGGGAAGAGGCAAAGCCCACAUUAUCCACAAUCCGUAUCUCUCUUGUGGUUUGUUAUGAAAUAAAUACUGUGUUUUGGUGCAUUUUCCCACACACCUGCUUUGAACCAAAUUGAGAAAAAGAGCCACCUAGUUGCAUUUCAAGCCAGUGAUGUGUACACAGCCUAACACACAUUUCUCUCCACUGCAGUGUGUCUUCUGGAAAUUCUGUCAUGCAUUUGAUAAGGAUAUUUGAUUUUAUAUCCCUUCCCUCCCCAUUAUCAUAGCUACCUCACCCAUGUGUUGGCAAACAGGAUCUCUGCCCCGCCCCGCCCCCCCCCCCAAGGCUAACUGUAGCAUGGAGUGGGGGAAAUUCUGUUGUAAUCACUAAGGGGAGAAGGGUUAAAUUUCACCACCACCACCCCAGCAUGCUGUGUUCCCAAUGAACAUUGCUGCUUGGCACUUGCAAUUUUUUAAAAAAACAAUGUUAGCGAAACCAUUAGCAUCAUGUGUAGUUACAGGUAGGUAGUUGUGUUGGUCUGCCGUAGUCAAAACAAUUUUUUUAAAACAAAUUCUUUCCAGUAGCACCUUAGAGACCAACUAAGUGUAUCUGAAGAAGUGUGCAUGCACACGAAAGCUCAUACCAAUAACAAACUUAGUUGGUCUCUAAGGUGCUACUGGAAAGGGGAAAAAAUUAUUUUGUUUCAUCGUGUGUAGUUAGGCUCCUAGAAACAUAAGAAGUUUCAUUAGAGUAGGCCAAACUAUUGGUCUAUCUGGCCUGGAAUGUCCAAAAGUGAAGAAGCAUUUCACAUCAUGCACUACCUGAUUUUCUUAGCACACUGAAGAAAGGCCCUACAGGAGUGGUGCCUUCUCCCCUUCUGAAACUUCCUCACACCCAAAGACUUGAGCAUGGCUAUAAAACUCUUAUUCCAAGCUGACUGGAGCCCUGGAGAGAAGCACAACCCGUGACAGGCUGUGGUGACUUACUGGCCAUUUCUUACAGCUUGUGCUUGUACAAACACUUGUAUUAAUCUCUAUGACCACAGUUCUAUUUGCCAUGCACUUGCUUCCUCCAUCUCACAGUCCAGAUGACUUUGGGUAUUUGUGGUUACAAUUGUCACCCUAUUCAGCUUGAAGACUUAUGCAAGCUUCUUUAUCUUUCUUUCUUUCUUUCUUUCUUUCUUUCUUUCUUUCUUUCUUUCUUUCUUUUUCUCUCCCCACACAGAGGCUGAUCUAUUGGCUGAAACAGCUCAGGACAUCUUCUGCUUUUCUCGCACCUUUGAGGAUCUCACUUGCUUUUGGGAUGAACCAGCACAUGUGGAUGGGGCAUAUCGGCGCUUCUUCUAUACAUACAAAGGGUGAGAGGUUUUUAUACAUGGCUAUGAUCCAUAGUCCAGGCUGUCUGGAAGGUUUCCAGUAGAAGAAUACUGCAGCUCCUUGAGGUUUCCCACUGCCCACUCUCUUCAUCUCCACAGAGACAGAAGCCGAGAAUGCACUCUGAGGUCAGCAAAGCACAGUGAUGGAGGCUGGCGCCAUGUCUGCAUCUUCCCCAGGAACCAUCAGGAUAUUCUGCUCUUUGCAGAACUCCACAUCGAGGUGUUAGACACCAUUAGUAAUCACACCACUCGCUCUCAGGAUCUCUCUGUGGCGUCUGUUGGUAAGCCUUCCUUCGGAUUUGAGAAGCAAGGAAAUGUGGCGUGACAUUAAAAACAAUUUUUAAACACUUAACAAUCACAAAACGUGAUGGCUCCUGAAAAUAUGUAUCUCAGGUGUCAUCCUUAGGAUAUGGUCCUAAAUCCCACCCACCACUGGCAGGGCUUGUUGAGUGGUACAGCCAUCACUGCAUCAGGAUUCCACCACUCACAGAUAUACCAUUAGCAAGCUUCCUGUCUGCACACACAUUUAGAGGGCAAGAGGGGGACAGCUGAGUGAAGGGACACCUCUGCUUAAUCCAGCCCCCAGCCUGGCAAACAACAACCACCAACAGUACUGAGGAUGAGGCCAUAUGUAUCUCCCUGGGAAGGAAGUUCAAAGGGGUGGGGCACUGGCACCUGCCAGCCAAACAACUCUUGCUGGUGGAUCAGGGAGCAGAGCCUGCCCUAAGGAUCUCACAGUAAAAUCUGAGCAUGAGGAGGAAAGCCAGAGGCAAAGGGAAGGGUGGAUAAAGUGGAGGUCACAUAAAUAAGAAAUGAAGUUACACCUACUUAAGCUUCACACUUGAGGAUGUGACACCAUCAAAUUCUUGCAAACUUUCAUUUCUACAUUUGGCUCUGUCCAUAUGGCUGCCCUUUUCCUAGAGGCUAAGAAGUAGUGCAUCCGGCCAGAAUGCGGAUGCCUAGAUUGACAUACCUGUCCCCUACCACCAGAGCUUGCCCUUGCUAGCUGGAGAACUGCAGCCCACCUUUCUGCUGCUUUGUUGUUGCGUGCUGCAGUCCCAAGAAAGCAACCUUGCAGCAGACGCAGCCAAGUCCCCAGCAUUCUUGCUUGCCUCUGCAGAUUCCUGCACUCCCAGUUGUGACUACCACACAGAGAAGCAUUCCACUGUAAAUAUACUGCAUAUACAGGAGAAAUGUAACAAAUCCACAUAUUAUGUAUUUAUUAGAACACUACUUGGGGAUUUACUGUUGCUUCAGAGAUUGAAACAAUGGUAAUAUUUACUGCACCACUUAAGUGUUGAAAUUAUAUCUUCAUCUGUCUUUGUUUGUAAAUCCCAUAGUUUUCUAUCUACGUUUGUAAAUCCCACAAUUGUCUGUCUAUGCUUAGGUCUGAUUGCUCCACCAAUGAAUGUAACAGUGGUGUGGCCUGGAGUGGCACGACAGUUGCACGUAGCCUGGACCCCCCCACCUUUCCACUAUGCAGACUUCUUGGCCUAUGAGGUUCUUUACAGUGCUGAAGGCUCCACAGAGCCACCAUCCAGGGUAUGGCUUAUAUGGGGCAGGGGAGGUUGUGGUGUAUGACACCUGCAGGGCAGCUGGCUGUGUCUAAAACUCUAAGCAGGACACCAAGCUCUGUGGCUAUCAAAUAGGGGUGAAGGAGCAGUUCAAUGCGGUUUGCAUUUAUAGGUGAGCCUACUUAUUUUGCACAUUCUGCAACACUACACGAACCUUUGAACUCUACAAUUCUAUGAUCCUAUGAAAACACAGACAUCCUUCCAAAUUCAGAAUUCUCUGAAUUUUGCAGUGCAGUUCUCCAGCCAAAUAGUGUGUACAAAAACACAAAUACUAGGAUAAAAUGUGCCUACAAAUGCACAUAUUACUGAAAAUAGCAUACAAAAAUGCAUUAGAUAAGGGAAAACACCUUUGCCAAAAUGUGUGUAUUAUGCAAAUGAAGCAGCGUAAAAGGGGAGAAAUUUGCAGUAAAAUGUUGCUAAAUUUUCAUGAGUACCUGUUGUUAAACAAUUUGCAAACAGAUGAGCUAUCGGGGGAAACUACUUCCACUAAUCCUUACAUGUGCCUGAUUCCAUCCCUCAUAGAUGGAAGUGAAGAACAGCCAUACAUGCCGCCUCAGAGACCUGCUCCCUGGGCACUGCUACCACAUCCAAGUGCGCACCAAGCCUGAUGGCCUCUCUCUUGAUGGGCUCUGGGGACCAUGGUCUCCAGUAGUAUUAGCAGAGACACCCCAUCUCCCUGGUAAGGGUCCUGUUGUUUGGUAAACAGUUGUCAUGGGGAUCUUAGUUGCAUUACUUUCGAACAAUGCACUAUGACUGCAUACAUAUUGUUGCACGCCACCCCAAUCUCCAAGCAGUGAGAGUUUCAAGUUGUUUCAGGUGCUUACCCGGGGUUUGGUUUCCUCAGAAUGAGGGACAUUGGAGGUAAUAUGAAAUGCUUCCAAGAAGCACUUGUUAAAUCUUCAGAGCUUUAUUGCUUUACAAUAAAGAGCAAACACCAGAAUAUGCCAAUCACAAAAAAGAAAUGCUUAUUAAACUAUGAAAGGUAAUAUAUGAAAUGCUUCCAGGAGAUGCUUGUUGAAUUAUGAAAGGUAAUAAGCACCUGGACUAAUUAAAACAGCAUACAUCUCCCUUGCAAAAUAAGAGAUGAAGAGCAAUAGGAGUAUCUAAUUGAAUCUUCACUGACUUCCUCAGAGGAAGGUAAAUCUCACUGCUGUUGUAAUCUGUAUUUUGACCCAAUAAAGUUUUUCAUUAGAUUUCUAUCCCACUCUUCCUCCCCAAGGAGAGCUGGGCAGCUCCUUUUAAGAAAUAGAACCCCAUAAAAAGAAGUGUCCAGGCACCAGAAUUCCUAGAGGCAUAUAUCUGAGCACCUGUUGCCAUCAGGGUGGAACCUAUGCCUUCCCCACCGUAUUUUAGCCGUCUCUUUGUAUUGUAAAUAGUUGUUUCACCAAUGCUGACAUAAAUUGAUAUGUGCAAAAAGCAACAACCAUUUAUUUCCGUCAGGGAGGUGGUAGUGGCAGUAGUAGCUGAUCUCUAGUAAGGCAAGGGGAGCUGAGGUGGCCUUGGUAGGAACAGGGGCCUGAGGAAAGAGGAGCAGACUGAGAGGGAGGAAAAGGCCAUCCAUCUUGGGUGUGCCACAGUGGCCAGGUGAAGGCCAGGAUCUGUCUUUAAUGUGAGGGUGCAGAGGAUGUCCAUGUGUUGUCUAUGAAGGCAGGGUGGUGUGGAGGCAGAGGAUUGGUUUGGGAAGAAAUGGGUAGAGGCAGGAACCAGUAGCAAGCAAGCAAGCAAGCAAGAUCUUCACUGUUGCAACAGAGUCCCCCACCCCUGUCCCGCUGCAGGAAGGUAAGGCCCUAGAACAAAAGUGUAUAACAGCUUUUAAAGGCUUUAGAAAUUGCACAACCCCUUAGCCAAAGACCACCCAAAAGCAUCAUACAACCGUCACAGAAACAGGCGGUCUACAACAUAAAUUUGAGAGUUUGGCUUGUCUCCUGUUUCUCAAGAUACCUGAUAAUGCUUGCUGACUUGCAUUAUCUUUGCCAGUUGGGGCCAUCUUGUGAAAUAGUAUGUACCCUAGUUUCUGAAACCAUUGUCACAGACCUCUCCCCUAUUCAUAAACAAAGUGUGCUCUUUUGAGUGAAUUUGAAGGAUUUGUAAGUGAAAAGAACCAUUGGGGAAGGUUUUUCCACGGUAUUUCCUUCUGCAGAGAAAUAUUUGGGGUCUGAAAUAUCUCAGGCAUGUGGUUUAUGUACUUAAGUUUUAUUUAUGACACCUUAGAAUUCUUAUGACAAUUCCACAUUGUAUUUAAAAGAUGCUGUCUUACUCCUGAUUCCUCUCACUCUCUGUUCUGCCAAGAGGAAAUUGGCCUGCAGUGCUUCACUCCUGACCUACGCCAAUUGCACUGCUGGUGGAAGUGGGAGACCACAGAACCUGGCCCCUCUCAAAGCAUAUUGUACUGGGCAGAAGAGAACAGCAGAAAUUCAAGGUGACACAACAACACCCCGCCCCCAAAUCCUGGGCUGUCCUGCUGCCGUAGUUAUGAUUGCUGGUGUCCACCGUUCAUCCUCCAAAACACCCCUGCCUCCCCCUCAACUCUCACAUGUCCACAAUAGGCAAAGCUCUGAAUCAGCAUUGCCUGACUCACCCAAGGCUCACCCAAGGCUGCCCCCAAAUAUUCAUAUCAUCUAGUCCAACCCCAUACCAAGCAGGGAAAUGAGGUGGGUCACUUUUGCCUAUGUGGUCUUGCACAUGUCCAGGGACUUUCUUUUUUAAAGAUGUGUACGCAAGUACCUGUGUAAGAAGUAAAAAGGUAGUGGAGGCAGAGGAGGAAGAAUGAUUGAGAGGAGGGACAAAAAAGAAAUCCUGGGUAUUUUUCAUCAGGCUCUGCCCAUUAAUGCAUACGGCAAGCACCAAAAUAGCAAUGAAUCUAUUGACUGGGAGGAAACUGGAGUGUGCGGGCAUUUGUGAGCCAACCAUACAUGCAAAAAGAAAAAAUGAGCUUCAAAUGACCUGUUUGCAAGAUAAUGCCUCUGUGUGGACAUAGCUUCUGUUGAUAUAGCUGACUCCAUCCUCACUCUUGGUUUCCAGAAUGCAAACCUGGCAGAAGUGUGAGGGGAAAGAAGAGGAGAUUAAGCCCCACUAUGACCGCCAUAACCAGACAUGCACCUUCCAGCCUAGCAACACAAGUUAUAUCUCUGUCCUGGUGAUUCUCAGCCAGGGACAGCAAGAAGUCAACUACUUGAAAGAGCCAUUCCAAAUGCACCAUGUUGGUAAGAAUCUCCAACAUGUCUGGGCCACGGCACCAUGGCUGCUGUCAGUCUGCAUUUUGGGGGUAGCAAACUGUCCUGAAGAGCAGGAGCAUCAGGCGGUGUAUAGUGCUGUUUGCACUGCAUUGGGCCUCUACUGCUUCUGCAAACUGAGCUGACUUGACCAGCCAUCUCUCUCCCUCUGAUUACAGUACUCACUGCCCCACCAAGCAUCCUGCAAGUCACUGUAGACAGAGGUGUGCUAAAGCUGGAGUGGGCACCACCACUGGAAGAAUUAGCUGAACAUAUGGUGUAUCAGAUACAGUAUGCAGAACAAGACAUCUCAAAAUGGAAGGUAAUAUAAAAAUGUAUGAGGAAUGCAUGAGAGAGUAUUAGGACCACACAUCUGUUGCAUUAGAUACCCUUUUCCCCCCUUUCAGUACUAGAGCACAACUGGAAACAUAAGGGAAGUGCCUUUGAUAAAAACACAUAGCUUUUCCCAGGAAACACUCCCUGGCAACAGCUGAAAAAAAGGAAAGGAAAGAAAGGCUAAUCCAGUUGCAGGCUGCAUUAAUAGAGCCAUAGUUUCCAAAAUGAGAAGCAAUAGCUCCACUUUAUUUUGCACCAGGACCUCAUCUGGAUUACUGUGUGCAGUGCUGGGCUCCUCACUUUUAAGCUAUAGACAAAAUGUAAUGAGUUCAGUGGAAGGCAAUGAAUCAGUGUCAAUAGCAUGAAUUAUGCUCCACCCCCAGCCAUCACCAUUGGUCUAGGAGACAAGCACAAGCUGAAGGGAUGUGUGUCAUUGUUGGAAUGUUCAGUCACCAAACUGAUCUCUGUUUAUACAUGUCCUGAGGCAUGUGAGACCACAGAAAAGAGCUAAGGCUAUAAAACAGCUUUUAUAGAACAUGUUAUUUUUGCAGCUCAGAUAGACUGGCUAUGGGGUUCUGACCCAGUUCUUCUGAAGUAGCCAAUUAUAUAUCAAGGAGCUCACCUGAUCCUGCCUCACCCAACAGGGCCCAAACUUCCAUCUUCCAGUCUAUGAUGCCCCUGGUCUUUCACUCAGUUCCUCCAGACUGUUCAGCGUUUUGGGGUGAGAUGCAAUCACAUACUGGCAAAAUCAAGUUGCACAGUUCAAGUGAAUUUGGUGUGCUGGAAAGGGUGGGCUAACAGUUGUUUGAUACAGUGUCAUCUGACCUCUCUGCAAACAAAUUGGGAUGAAUAUUCAAUAAAUAGCUAAUAUCAUCUAACCUCCAUGUAAAUCACUGAUCUUCAACUGGUAGGUCAGGACCCUGCGGUUCAGCCUUUCUCAAUGUUCUCAAAGAUGUUGAACUACAAUUCCUAUGAUUCCUAGCCAGUGUGGCCAAUGGUCAGGGAUGAGGGGAGUUGUAGUUCAAGAACAUCUGGGGACUCAAGGUUGAGAAAGGCUGCUUUAGUUGACAAUGGACUGAUCCAAGGUGGGUCACAACAAGAGCACUCCCACCAUGCAAAUAUAUGGCAAAAGAUUAAGAAAUGGGUUCUCAAAUGCAUUUUGGGGUUAAAAGUGGGUCCUGAGUCUGAUAAGGUUGAAGAUACUUGCUGUAAACAAUUCAGAGAGAAUGCUAAAUAAACAGGUUGUCUGGAAGCAACCCAGGUCAAUUAUCUUUUAUAAUUCCACUGCUCCAUUUUGUCAUUAAAAAGCCUUUGAUCAACAUGCCAGGCUUUUCCAAAGAGGUUUGUGAACUUUCUGAUACAAUUGCCCUCAACCCUUGUAGAGCUGUCUUCUGGCAGCAGGAUUUCUGGCAAGUUCAUGAAAAAACCAAGAGAUGCUGCUUUUUUUUUUUGCCCUAGUUGCAAUUUGCGGACCAUCUUCAAGGGCAGUGUCACAUGCCAUACUGCCAUAUCUGGCUUAUGAAUUCAAGGCAAUCAGCCAGAUGGGAAAAGUUUAAACAAAGGGACUUAAAGAUGCUACAUCCUCCAGUUUUUCAACACAAACAAAGCCUUUCACAAAGUGGGGGAGUGAGUGUGAGAAAGAGACCCAUGUUAGAAGUUUGUACUGGGAUCAGAUGAGUGAUGCUUGAGGACCAGCAAAUACAGAGCAAAAGCAGUCUCACAGCUCUGACCCAGAUAGCACAACUGCUCUAGGUUCUGGAUGUGAAUUUAACCAGCUAAGCACACCUAAUGGGGCUAUUCUCUGGGCAGACUCUGCAGGUGCAGUACUCAAACAGCAGUGAAAUUCAUCUGGCAGCCAGGGGCCACUGCUGCCUUCAGCUUCGUGCUCAGCCAGAUGGACAGAAGUUCCAAGGGAACUGGAGUGUGUGGUCAGAACAUGUGUGCACUGAUGUCCCACCUGAUUCAGGUAAGAGACCACAAAUAGAAAUGUAGGGUUGGAUACAGGCAGUGUUUUUUUCUAAAAAGAAAUGUUUAGGGGUACUCUCAUUUUCCUACUCAUAUUGAAAUACUGCCCCUCAAAGAGGCCAAACUUAAAUUCACAAAACGUUUAGGGUUAUGCGUACCUCUGCAUCCCCUGAGGCCCAAAUGGGCAUUUAGAAAAGAGCUGACAUAGUUUGGUAACACAGCUUCACCCUUUGUAUCUUCCCUAGGUUCAACCAUCUUAAAUGUGACACCUGCUCUGUUGCUCUGUGCAGGGCUUGUAUUGGGGCUGGGCUGCAUCUUCCUGUCCAUUCACAGGUAAAUUUACAUCAUUCACCUUCAAUACUUAGUUUUAUUUUGGGAGCUAGUUGCAAAUUGGAGAAACUGUUAUGGACACCAUGCACAGACAAUAAUCACAACCAUGCACAUGAAUGUAUAGUAAACACACACACUCCCACCUUCACCAGCAAUUAGGCUUGGAAAAAACCAUUUUUGCUCCCCUGCCUCCCACAUCAGAGAUAUCUUCCUAGAGUGCAGCUGGAAAGGACGUUUGUACACAUGCAUCCAGGAAGUUCACUCACAUACACAUAUCCUGCAACAAUUAGGUUUGAGCAAAGUCUUCUAUAGGAGCCAAGAGAGGACUUUUUCCAUUCCUGUUUGCAAAAUGUCCCUCCCCUGAUGCAAUUAGGCAUGAAAAAAGCCCUCUAUUAGCUCUAGUCUAGUAGUAGACUUUGUUCAAACCUAAUUGCAGAGGAGGUUCUACUGGGGAGGAGGUUUAAAGCUGGGGAGAAUUAACUCCCCUCCCCAGCUAUCACCCUCAACAUUGAAAGCUCACCUCACCCCACCGGUGGUGCCAUGAUUAGGCUACUAUUAGCUACAAUAGUAGCGUUCUUUCAAAUUGCUCAGGGUUGGGGUGGACUGGGGUUGAUGUAAGACCAGGGGUAGGAAACCUAAGGCCUGGGGGCCGGAUGUGGCCCAAUCACCUUCUCAAUCCGGCCCACGGAUGGUCUGGGAAUCAACGUGCUUUUAUGAGUAGAAUGUGUGCUUUUAUUUAAAAUGCAUCUCUGGGUUAUUUUGGGGACCUGCCUGGUGUUUUUACAUGAGUAGAAUGUGUGCUUUUAUUUAAAAUGCGUCUCUGGGUUAUUUGUGGGGCAUAGGAAUUCGUUCAUUACCCCCCCCCAUAUAAUCCGGCCCACCACAUGGUCUGAGGGACAGUGGACCAGCCCAUGGCUGAAAAAGGUUGCUGACCCCUAUGUAAGACCAAAACAAAAAACCACACUUUGGGAUGGGGCUGUGAUAGAGGCAGAUUUGCUUCUAUUGAGAUCAGCUGGGUUCCCUGAAUUUCACAUGCUCAUUGUUCCUUGUUAAGCAGUCUGAAACAAAAGCUCUGGCCGCCCAUCCCAGACCUUCACCACGUCCUGGAUGGAUUCCUUGAGGACAAUGGAAAGCACCAGGUGAGGCCUUCCUCUUCCAUACAGGCACCAACUCCAAUGUUGUUGGUGGAUAGGACAGGAGACCAGAGUAAUCAUUUUUAAAGGUGGUGAACAGUAGGCUGCCUUACUGUCUUCCAGUUCUGUUUUGAUAGGAGCCUGCUUCAAGUUUGCAAGGCUUCAUGACUGACAUGAAAACAUCAGGCAUAAGUUUCAUAACUCUAAUUAGUCUUUUCCUUGAUGCAUAUUUAUAAAUCCUGAAUUGUGAUUUGUAAAUGUUGUCAUAGUGGAAGUUUAAGAGACAGCAUACUUUGUCUGAAGCAGCAUUAAGAGUCAUUUUAACGUGGCGAGUGAGAAUACACCAAAAUAGGGUAUCUAACAGUGACAAAGAGGGCUAUAAAUACAGAACCAUGAAACUGACAUUUCUCUCUGCCUUAUUUCUUAUAGUUUCCAGCAGAAUUGCAUUAAUUCCCAUAACAAAAUCUCAUGCUGAUGUUGCUUCUGCCAGCUAUCCUCUCCCCAGGGAGAUUUUCUGUCUGAAGUUGGGAUGGCAAAUAUGUGCCCCCAGGUAUUUUGUAAUAGGAGUGUUAACAUGUACACAGAGAUAAGUAUGCAUGUACACAUUUACCUCCACACUGUAGAUUGGAGAGGGUGAAGCCCAGGGACAUUUUUGUGUUUCUGAUGUUGCUUCCUUCCCAUCUUCCAGGUGAAUGCUUUCUUCUGCAACAAAACUUUAGAGGACACACCUUUGACUUGCCUGCUGGAAGUCCUGUCUGAGAUACCCCUGGAAACACGUAGCAGUAGCCCUCUCCUAGAUAGUACUCAGCUGCACCAGACAGAAAGGGACACCCAGCCUUCUUCACACUUGUACUACAUGGUGCCAAGUCCUAGCAAUCCCCAAGGGAAUAAUAAUGAAAAUGAGUAUUUUGGUGCCACGGAUGAUGGACAUGACACGCUCUCACUGCCCUUGGAACAUGAUCUACACAUAACUUCGGAACUGAAGGUCCAGCUAAGUAUCAUCACCUUGUUCAGCACACCACUUUUGGCUCCUGACACAAAAGAGGAAAGAAGAUGGGAAACUUCUGGGGACGAGUCUGUGUCUGCCACACACAUAUCAAACCAGUCUUACCUGCUCGUGGGCUGA